AAUCUCCCAUAUCACGAAACGCGACAUGGAAAAACCCUAACCUAAACUCUAAAUUCGAUCUAUUAGAAACUAUUGGAAGAAAUUGAUCCUACUCCCUUCCAGAGGUGGAAAGGGAGGGGAAUCAAACGGCCUUUGGACGACGCGGGGGCGGAGCAGGCGAGCUGUUCACUUAAUUUGAGUUGGGAACUUCAAUAUGAAUGGACAGGUUCGGAUUGGGGAACCAAGCUUUGAUCAAAGAAUACGGUAGUGUUCCCGUACGGACACCACUGGAUGCCCUUGUCUACAUAAACGCAGCCCCUCGGCCUACUCUUUCCGCUUCAUCUCCCACUCCAUUAUUCUCCAACAUCCACCAUCCUCCACCCAAGAAAGAGAACAAAUCCUCCACCCAACAAAGAGAAGAAAGAUCAGCAGCAAUGCACCCGCGCGACCUCAUCGGAGGCCUCGACCUCGCCAGGCAGCAGGCCACCAAAGCCAUGGUCUCCGCCGUCUCGCUGGCCAAGCCAGCGGCAGGCAUCGCGGGGUCGGGGCUCGGCUUCAUGAAGCGCCAAGCGACGGCCAUGGUUUCCAGCCGGGACCGCGCCGUGAAGACCGCGGCGAUGGUGGUCGGGGGCUCCGUCGGCGCUUACUUCCUCUGGCCAGCGGCGGCUGUCCCGGCCGCCGCCGCCGCAGGCACGAUGAAGGCGCCGGGCGCCGCGGGCUUCCUCAUCUCCCGCGUGGCGUUCCAGGCCAACCCGCAGCUCUACUUCCAGAUCCUUCGCACCGCCGGCACUGCCGCUGCCGCUGCAGCUUUCGUGUAGUAUAUUGAAGGCAAGCUACGUCUACUACGUGCUGCCCGUCGUGUCGAUCUGGUGUUUGUAUAUGUUUAAUCUGCUCUUUGCUCGCGACGUUGCGUUAUGCAAGUGGAUCGAGCUGUUUCUGGUCAGAUCUUGGACUAGCAUGUCUAGACCGUGUGGAUCUGUAGUUCCACUACUACUAGCUAGAAUUUCUGUACUAGAACUCGUGAUUUGCUUAAUAAUAGUAUUAUUGUACUAGCUCGA